GUUAAAUAAGCGAGGUUAGUGUUUGAUUAAAAAAGAGAGGGGUGGAAAGUAAACCCUAGAAAAAUUGCCAACAAAUUUUCACAUCAAAUCACAGAAUAAAAGCAUUUCUGUAUCUCGGCCGCCUGUGUUAGGGUUUGUGCUCCAUUUUUAACUAAAUCAUUACUCUGAUGGAUAUUCGUCCGAUUAAGAAGCAACCUCAAUCCACCGCACCAUUGUUGCCGACAUCCAUACCCGACGAACUCGUGGCAGAAAUUCUGUCAAGACUUGAUGUGAAAACUAUAGUGCGAUUCAAAAGCGUGAGCAAAUCCUGGAACACUCUCAUCUCCGAUCCAGCUUUUGUCGACAAGCAUCUACAGAAGUCAUCACAAAAACAAAAUCUAAUAGUAAUAUGGAAUGAUAACGAUGGUUAUAAUGUCUCACGCAUCCCCUUGCAUCGUUUAAUCGGAAAUCCAUCCAUCGGCAUUCACAGCCACAACAAUAGCCAUUAUUUGGAAAGGGGUUGCUAUAUCGCUGGUUCUUGCAACGGAUUGAUCUGCUUGUUUUCCAAAUAUUUCUAUAUCACAGAAAAUGUUGGAUCUCGACAUGUUGGGCAUGAGAACUACUCCAUCUAUUUCUGGAACCCUUCCACCGGAAAAAAAUCUGAAAAAUUAGGGUCGUUUAGUUAUAGCACUCCUCUAGACCGUCUUCGUCCUUUCCACACUUUGUCAAACUCUUUUCAGUUUGGAUUUGGUUAUGAUGAUUCAAUGAAAACUUACAAGGUUGUGGCCUUUCAUGCUAAAGAGAACAAACCAGCUCCGGUGACAAGUGAGGUCAAAGUUUUUAGUUUGGGUGGUAACUGUUGGAGAAAUAUUCAAAGUUUUCCGGUCAUUCCUCUUAAUGGAUUGAAUCAUAGACAUACUUGUCUUAACAAUGGUAUGCAUUUGAGUGGCACUGUUAAUUGGUUGGCUGGUCUGAAUGAUUUCUAUUCUAUUCAUGAAUACCGGUAUAUUACUAAUGUUGAGGAUUUUGUGAUUAUUUCGCUUGAUCUUUCAACGGAGACAUACAAGCAGUUGUUGCUGCCUCAAGGCUUUGAUGAGAUUUCAGCUGUUUGGCCAGUUCUUAUGGUUUUGAUGGAUUGUCUUAGUUUUUCUUAUGAUACAAAAGACAAUGGUUUUGUUUUAUGGCAGAUGAAAGAGUAUGGAGUUCAAGAGUCUUGGUCUCAAUUAUUUAAGAUUAGUUACCAGAAUGUUCAAGACUGUUGCAUUAAGGAUUAUUAUCAAACGGUAUGCCUUUAUAAAAAUGGUGAUAUGGUAAUAUUUGCAAAACCACAGUGCUCCAACCAAGCAGUGAUUUAUAAUGUGAGAAAUAAAAGAGUAGCGAGAAUUCUAGUUCAAGACUGCAUUGAUUGGUCCUUUCAUGCAAGUGUUUAUGUCGAAAGCUUGGUUGCAUUUCGUUGAA